AUGGCGCUGCGGAGGGGCGGCGGCGGGGCACCGGGGCUGCGGCUGCCGCUGCCGCUGCUGCUGCUGCUGGGCGCCGCGUGCCUGGUCCCGCCGAGCGCGCAGGUGAGGCGGCUGGCGCGCUGCCCCGCCACUUGCAGCUGCACCAAGGAGUCCAUCAUCUGCGUGGGCUCCUCCUGGGUGCCCAGGGUCGUGCCGGGCGACAUCAGCUCCCUGAGCCUGGUAAAUGGGACCUUCUCCGAGAUCAAGGACCGGAUGUUUUCCCAUCUGCCUUCCUUGCAGCUGCUGUUGCUGAAUUCUAACUCAUUUACAGUCAUCCGCGAUGAUGCAUUUGCUGGACUCUUUCAUCUUGAAUACCUGUUCAUCGAAGGGAACAAAAUAGAAACGAUUUCAAGAAAUGCCUUCCGUGGCCUCCGUGACCUGACUCACCUCUCUCUGGCCAAUAACCACAUCAAAGCACUCCCAAGAGAUGUCUUCAGUGAUUUAGACUCCCUGAUUGAGCUAGAUUUAAGGGGCAAUAAAUUUGAAUGCGACUGCAAAGCCAAGUGGCUGUAUCUGUGGUUGAAGAUGACGAACUCCACCGUUUCGGACGUGCUGUGUAUCGGUCCCCCAGAAUAUCAGGAGAAGAAGCUAAAUGACGUGACCAGCUUUGACUACGAAUGCACAACUACAGAUUUUGUGGUUCAUCAAACAUUGCCCUACCAGUCGGUCUCGGUGGAUACUUUCAACUCCAAGAAUGACGUGUACGUGGCCAUUGCCCAGCCCAGCAUGGAGAACUGUAUGGUGCUAGAGUGGGACCACAUCGAGAUGAACUUCCGGAGCUAUGACAAUAUCACAGGUCAGUCCAUUGUGGGCUGCAAGGCCAUCCUCAUCGACGACCAGGUGUUUGUGGUGGUGGCCCAGCUCUUCGGCGGCUCUCACAUCUACAGGUACGAUGAGAGCUGGACCAAGUUUGUCAAAUUCCAAGACAUCGAAGUCUCUCGCAUCUCCAAGCCCAAUGACAUUGAGCUGUUCCAGAUCGAGGACGAGACAUUCUUCGUCAUCGCCGACAGCUCGAAAGCCGGCCUGUCAACGGUUUACAAGUGGAACAGCAAAGGAUUCUACUCCUACCAGUCCCUGCAUGAGUGGUUCAGGGACACGGACGCCGAGUUCGUGGACAUAGAUGGGAAGUCGCACCUGAUCCUGUCCAGCCGCUCCCAGGUCCCCAUCAUCCUGCAGUGGAAUAAGAGCUCCAAGAAGUUCGUUCCCCACAGUGACAUCCCCAACAUGGAAGACGUGCUGGCCGUGAAGAGCUUCCGCAUGCAGAACUCUCUCUACCUGUCCCUCACCCGGUUCAUUGGGGACUCCAGGGUCAUGAGGUGGAACAACAAGCAGUUUGUGGAGAUCCAGGCUCUCCCGUCCCGGGGGGCCAUGACCCUGCAGCCCUUCUCUUUCAAAGAGAAUCAUUACCUGGCCCUGGGGAGCGACUACACGUUCUCCCAGAUCUACCAGUGGGACAAGGAGAAGCAACUGUUCAAGAAGUUCAAGGAGAUCUAUGUGCAGGCACCCCGCUCCUUCACGGCCGUCUCCACUGACAGGAGGGAUUUCUUCUUUGCGUCCAGUUUCAAAGGGAAAACAAAGAUUUUUGAACACAUAGUUGUUGACUUAAGUUUGUGA